UAUUCUCAUCUUGGUGGGAAUGUGGUGCGUACACGUGUAAAGAAUAAGUGCGGGGGGCGUAGGUGGAGUCUCAUAAUUAAUUUCUCUAAAUAAUAUUGUAAAGCAAGCAAGUUGCAAGUGGUGGUAGGCUAGACACUGUCUAUAAAUUGCGGACCAAUUUCCCUCAAAUUCAGCAUUAGCAAGAGAGUAAGACAAGACAACAACAAGAAUGGAUGAGGGAGGAAGUAUUAAUAAUAUUAAUAUUCCAAUUCCAAAGGGAGAAUCUGCAGAUGAAGGCAUCAUGAAUACUACUGUUGACUGGAGAGGGAGACCCUCUAAUCCUAACAACCACGGUGGAACUAGAGCAGCUGCUUUUGUUCUUGGGCUACAAGCAUUUGAAAUAAUGGCAAUAGCUGCAGUUGGAAACAACCUCAUAACUUAUCUCAUAAACGAGAUGCACUUCUCUUUGCCUCAUUCUGCAAACAUAGUCACCAACUUUGUAGGAACUAUUUUUCUCAUCGCACUCCUCGGCGGCUAUCUAUCUGACUCUUUUCUUGGCACCUUCUCCACUAUCCUCAUAUUUGCUUUACUAGAACUUUCUGGUUUCAUUUUGCUGUCAGCACAAGCUCAUUUUCCUGAAUUGAAGCCACCACCAUGCAGUAAAUUAGGAGGAGAAUGCAUAGAAGCAAAUGGGUUGAAGGCGUUGAUAUUCUAUAUAGCAAUAUACAUGGUGGCAUUAGGAAGUGGUUGUGUUAAGCCCAACAUGAUUUCUCAUGGAGCUCACCAAUUCAAUCAAGACCAGCAAUCAAAGAAGCUCUCAACUUACUUCAAUGCAGCAUAUUUUGCAUUCUCAUUGGGUGAACUUGUUGCUCUAACAAUUCUUAUUUGGGUUCAAACUCAUUCCGGGAUGGAUGCGGGCUUUGCUGUAUCAGCUGCUGCCAUGGCAAUGGGGUUCAUAAGCUUCAUAAGUGGAACCCUAUAUUAUAGGAACAAGCCUCCACAACCAACCAUCUUUCUCCCCAUUGCUCAAGUUUUUGUAGCUGCAAUAUUAAAAAGGAAGAAGAUUUGUCCAUCUAGCCUACAAAUCCUACACGGAAGGGAAAACAGACAACAUAGUGAUAAGUUGAGGUUCUUGGACAAGGCUUGUGUCCAAGAGGCCGGGAACAACACAAAGGAAAGCCCGUGGAGAUUGUGUAGUGUUGCACAAGUUGAACAAGCAAAGAUAUUACUUUCGGUUAUUCCAAUUUUUGCAUGCACUAUAAUUUUCAACACUAUCUUAGCACAACUUCAAACAUUCUCGGUCCAGCAAGGAAGUGCCAUGGACACACAUGUCACAAAAUCAUUUCAUAUCCCUCCAGCAUCACUUCAGUCAAUUCCUUACAUUUUUCUCAUCGUUGUAGUCCCUCUCUAUGAUACUUUAUUUGUUCCCUUUGCAAGAAAAAUAACAGGUCAUGAGUCAGGAAUCUCACCUUUGCAGAGAAUAGGGAUUGGCCUUUUUCUGGCUACAUUUUCUAUGGUUUCAGCAGCUGUUAUGGAGAAAAAGAGAAGGGAUGCAGCUGUGAACCUGAACCAAACUCUGUCCAUAUUUUGGAUUACACCACAAUUCAUAAUAUUUGGUUUGUCAGAGAUGUUUACUGCAGUUGGCCUCAUUGAGUUCUUCUACAAACAGUCCUUGAAAGGGAUGCAGACAUUCUUCACUGCCAUCACAUAUUGCUCCUAUUCAUUUGGAUUUUAUCUCAGCUCACUAUUGGUUUCUUUGGUGAAUAAAAUCACUUCAACUUCUAGUGGUGGUGGUGGUUGGCUUCAUGACAACAAUCUGAACAAAGACAAACUUGACCUUUUCUAUUGGUUACUAGCUGUCCUUAGCUUCCUCAACUUCAUCAACUAUCUCUUCUGGUCCAGAUGGUAUUCUUAUAAUCCAUCCCUUUCAACCAUAUCCCAGGAGGGUGAGGUUCAUGCCAUGGAAUCUAAACACUACUAUGUAUCAGCAGCAGACAAUAUUCCAUAGCAUUCCACUUAUACCGUGCAUAUAUAUGUAUAUUAAUUAAUUAGUCUUUUUAUUAUAAUUAUAAAGCUCUAGCUGGUUAUAAAAAGAAAAAUUAAUGUAUGUAAGGUCUCUUUUGUGGGCAGACAUAUUCUACAAAGAAAGAAUUGUAAUAAGAAAAUGUCAUAAUUAGGGGUAUCUUA